UUUGUUUAUAUUUACCUUUACGUCUUACGUUUUAUUUUCUUACCAAUUUAUUUUAUAUUUUUUCCUACUUAUUUCAUGUUUCCAUGAUUCCAUCUCCUCUUACAUCAAUACUGUAUCACAAUCAAAUUAUGGACGGUAUCUUAGCUCUGGGUCAUUUUUGUGAAACCCACGGCCCCUGUAUUAUUUUGUGUACUCAACGAUGUAAAGAGGAGCCGCAACAGUUUCCUCACAUUCUCACUGUGCCUGUAUGUGAAGCGUGUUACUCCCUGGAUCUCAAACAGGCUAUGGUGAGCAAAGAUAAUACAACAUGCUAUGUUACAACUAGAACACCAUUGCAGCAAGAUUUAGCUUUGCUCCUAAAGCAGGCAGCAGUUAGAAGCUUGAGCUGCGAAGAAACUAGCUCAGAUGGGGGCACAAUAUAUUUUGGUGAUAAUGAGAGGGGCCACGUUAUAAGUCAUGUAUUCACUAUACAAGACUCUUUAGCUAGAGGGUUUCAAAGAAAGUAUUGCAUUUUGAUGCUAAUGAGGGACAAGAUUCAUUUACUUAAUUGUUGGUCAUUCCUUACUAAACAUAUCAGGGAAAUAUCUAAAGAUUUACAAGACAAAUCAGUGAAAAUUAAUAAUAUUGAACAAACACAUAUAUCACAAAGGGCUGUAAGACAAGCACAAGUCUCUCCAGUUUGUACUGGAAGAUCUUUGGGGCAACUGACAGGUGAACCUGCAGUGUUUGCUCAUAUUCAUUUGUGGUUCACUUGGCUGUUAAGUACAGAAACUUCUGUGGAGAAGCCUUUCAAACCACCAGAAAUACCUGUGGAAUUACAUGGAGGUAAUUUGAGAGAGAUUUAUAAAAAUAUGCCUCAAGAAGUUUUCUGUAAACUAUGUUAUUGCUACUUGACUGGUAUUAAAGUUGAAUCAGAAGAUACCAAAAUUGAGUCUAUUUUUAGAAAGCUGCUACCAAAGAAAUUUAUUCUUCCUAAAACAGGAGAUAUAUGCAAAUUAUUAAAACCAAAUAAUGACUCAUACAUCUUGAGUUGGCAUGGAACGCUUCCAAACAAAUUGCCCACUUUAAUGACAUUAAUCGAAAAUGCAUUGAAAGAUGAAAAUCUUCCAGAAGCUGCCUUAGAAUCUCAUCUAACAAGCCUUGUAAUGCAGUGGCACAAUAUCGCAUGUGUAAUUGGUUGGGCUCCAAACUCAAAUAAUACAGAUUUGUUGAAAAGUAUGGGUGUGCAAAAGCAGGAUAUGCCUUUGUUGUCUUAUUGGAUGACGCAAUGUAAAAACUAGAGAUUUUGUUAUUUAAUGUUUAUUAAGAAAAGCCAAAAAUACAAUUAUUAUUAGGUAUUUGUUUUGGUCUUUUUUUUCUUGGACUUUGUUUUAGUUGGGUCCAAAUUAUUUUGAUUUUUUUUCUUUGAUUUUUGUGGUUCCAUGACAUUUUCUAUUUCUAGCUCUUCUGUAAUUUCCUCAACAUCUUUUUGGGGUUUUUUUGAUUUUUUCUUUUCUCCUUGGCCUUUCUUCCUUUUUUUUCCAGCUUUUUCUACCCUUUCACACUCUUCUGAACUAUCGUCUACUUCAACCACAACAUUACCUCUCACAGGUCUCUUUUUAGGCGCUUCUUCAACACUGAUAACUUGUGCAUCUUCUUCUUUUUCAAUUUUCCCAGCCCAUUUGGUGAUAAUUAGGCAUGUAAUUCUGCACCCUGUCGAAAUUUUGCAUAUUUCUUUCAAUUUUCUGCUCCAAACUUUGAGCUCGCCUGUGCUCGAAGCUGUUACUAUAAAUCCUUCAAAAACUUGCACUG